AUGUAUCUGAAGCGUGGCACUAAGCGCCAGUCUUGUGACUUUUGCUUUCGGCGCAAGGUCAAGUGCGAUUGGGUGUCUCGUCAAUCGGAAGGCCACGCUCAUUGCUCGCAUUGUGAGUUACGGGAUAUAGCUUGUACCGCAAAUCCCGACAACCGCGAUCGAGCCAGACGUAGCAAGCGCCUUGAUGCCCGCUCUGCUGCUAGCCGGAUCUCAUCUAGUCGCGAUGACGGGCAUGUGGUCGAUGGGGGUAACUCUACUGGCAGUACCAACGACACCAGUCUUGUCAAUAACGAGACCGUCUCCGCCCUACCCCAGACUCAGGUAAUGCCUAUUGACCCAAGUUUACAAUAUCAGGCUGUUGAAUCUGAGUCUGCAUGGCAAGAUAUCAGUUGGGAUCUGGGCGCCGAGAGUAUCUCGUUUCUUGACAGUGUCUUUACGCACAACUAUAACUUCGACAAUAUGCCCAACAGUCCUCAGAUAUACACCAGCGAGGAGGUCGCAGGUGCUUUAUCAAACCCCUAUGAAAUCCUCGAGCUUGAUCCGAGCACUCUCAAAGCAGCUAUCGACGCUUACUUUGACCUGACCUCGAUCGCUAUUCCGAUACUAGACAGAGAUGCAUUCCAGGCUGACUACACUAGCCACAGAGCCAGCCCUGCCUUGGUGUAUGCUGUCGCAUGCCGAGGAUGUCCUUUCAUAUCGACACCGCAAAAAUGGUCCGUACAGCAACAGCUGGCGAGCGAGUUCAGACGAGUAUGGCUCGAGGCACGAUCAGCUGGGGGGAACAAGCAAUCAAUCAGACUGGACGACCUCGAAGCUCUGGCUCUCAUGGUUGACUUUGCCUACGAAACAACUGAGGAUGUCAACGCAGCGUUACCUUCCCAGCUUGGCAGCCUUUUCCUAACACACGACAGCCUGGUCCUCAUGAUACUACAGUAUCAGAUUCUUUGCCACGCGUCCCUGUCGGAAGACCUUUCCGCUCCUCUGCAUGGGGCGGAAGGGCGAAAGAGGUUGCUUUUCUGGUACGUGUAUGGCAAAGAUACGUUCCGCGCCCUCGACCAAAAGUCUCCAUCUCGUAUCAGGGACGGCCAUACUGAAAUUGUCGAACAACUACCAGAGCAUGAAGAGAGAACAUAUCUAGAUGCCAUACUCGCCCUGGCCAUCAUUGUCAAAAAGAUAAACCAUGAAUUUCUGGGUGUUGAUGUCAGCCACCAAGAUGUGGUCAAGCUGUACGGUCAACUGGAAGAGUGGCGUAAGACGUUGCCCCUUUACUUGCUUUGGGACACUAAGCGAGACUCCAGCCUACCUGUUGAACGCAGUACUGGGAAACUGGCCCAAGUGCGCCAGCUGCAACAGGCUAUCCUUCUGUUUCUCGAACACAACUGCUGCAUGCAGAUCGAAAGAUGUGCUUCAGAACGUGGGAUAACUAACCCAAUAUCACUGGAGGCGGUUAUGCUGAAUCACCUUAUCGAAUACCAAACCUUGGCAAUGACGAACGAUAUAAUUGAAGCUGCUAAGUGGCUCCAAUCGCAGAAAAUAUGCCAGAACACACCUCAAGGAACUGUUGCAUAUCCCCUGAUUGACCUUUCCCCAGAUAUUCUGCGCGAUAUAUGCGCAGGAACUGCUUACUGGCUGUGCAAUCGCGGGAAGAAACUCUUGAAUUCCGCAAGCCAAGGGGAGGUUUCCCUGACGCAAGGGACCGAAAGCUUUGCGGCAAAGGCGGCAUCACUAAGAGAUGCUGUGGAAACUGCAGGAUCGCACAAUGAUACAUUAUGCUUGGUCGAGAAGUUGGAUGAGCAGCUCUCAUCUUUGCGCGAGGCGAUCAAAAGUGUAACAGUGGUUGAUGAUUGA